CAAAGGGAUUCUCGCAACCCCAACAUCCCAAAUACGAAGGGUGCAUGUGGAUUAAUGGGUCGCUGAUCCCGCCUUACUGCGGCAUCCGGCGGUGGAAAUCUUUGGAUGACGCGGAGAUCGAACCGUUGUUGGACAAAUAUGAGACACUAAUCAGGGAAUGGGCGUCUGAGUAUGCCGUUGAGCUUGGGAAUGGGGUUGAUGGUGAUGAAACCAUGUCUGAGCAGGAGAAGAGAUCGGUUAUGGAUAGUUUGGGGAGUUAUUGUGCGUUUCGGGAUUGGGAUAGUUUGAUAGAGGGUCUCUUGCCGAAGAAGGAUACCCCUGAGGUUUCGAUGCCGGGUUCGCCACACACUCCGAUGCUGAUAGACGUUGAUGUCAAGGAAGAGGAGAACCCACUCCCUGAGAUGGACAUGACUCCUGAUAUUCCGCCGAAGAGUCCUUCGGAUAAUCCGACAGAUGACACUGCGAAUGUCAAAUCCGAUAGUGUUCUAGAUGGUUCAAAAGAGAACGCUCUUGAUGAAGCGACGGCUAAGUCUCAGGAGGUUAUGGUGGAAAGCCCUACAGAUGCUAGACCAGCGAGUGUUCUCAAUACUCCCUCUGGGAACCUCUCGGAGGGCUCAUUGUCGAACUCUUCAGACGCAACUCCGGCCAACCCGAACAAUAUCCCAUCAUUCCCUCCUGAAGCGACAACAAGCUCCCACGACGCUCCGCCGCUAAGUGCACCAAGGAAAAAGCGCCCUAAUCCACCCGGCCUCUCAAUCCUGCUGGUAGAAUGCCUUCUCACUAAAUGUCUUUACGAGAACAUAAUCCAGGAUCCAUUCUAUUACCUUGUCAAAGCAGAGGACACGGAGGUCGACAGCGUGCCAACUACAUUCGGCAGAGACUUUUAUAGUGUCUGGCAGAAGCUGAUGAGAGCCAGUCGAGUCAAGGCACAACGAAUCCGAAUGGAAAUGACCCAGCUCCUCAACGGCUUCGACAUCUGGGACCAAUGCCACGACAUCUCAAUCGGAGCACAAAGUCGAAACCUCCGAAAACAGGCCCUAGAACGCCUCAUCGUCUCCGUCCUCGGCUCAUCUAGCACUAUACACCCCCUCCUCCGCCCGCUCAAUGACCCCAAACAAAGCGAAACCCGCUUCAAGCGCCUCCUGCACAUUUUCCGCGAGGCCGCCGAGAUUGCUAUCUGGAUGUACACGCAGGAGAGCUACUUCUUGUUCGCCGACAAUAUUGCCACGUUAGGGUCCUUCGACGGGCAGAUUACGGGCCGCGAGGAAUGUCUGGAGUUAGGGUACAAGGAGGCCGAGGAUACGAUGAGACCGCAUCAGUUUACGAGACGGGACUACCCUGCGGGAGUGUUGAAUGGGAGGAAUCCGGUGUUGAUGAUCAGGCCGGUGCUGAAGAGAGUUUUUGUGGAUUCGUGGACAAGCUGCGCGUUGAAUGAUCGGCCGGGCAAGGUGGUGUCGAGGGCUGUGGUGUGCCUGGGGAGGGAUGAACCAUUGGAAGAAAAUCGGACGAAGUGGUGA